AUGACCGUACGUGGAUUGGCUUCCUUUUGUUUAUGGGUUGUAUGGAAAGCUCGAAAUAAGGUUUUUGACGAUGCUGAUUGGAGUCCAGAAGAGGAUUUAAAUAUGGUAGUGGAACUUUAUUGGGAGUUCACGAAUUCACAGCAAAAGUGUAUGUAUAUUCUCCAAACCUCCCAAAAGAAUCUGUCUAAUGAUAUUUGGUCUUGUCCUCCGGAUGGAGUUGUCAAAUGCAAUGUCGAUGCUACUUUUGUUAAAUCAUCCUUGUUAGGAGGUGGGAAUGUUGUGUUCCAGGAUUUGUCGGGGGCUGUUCUUCAAGCAGUAGUAUUAAAACCUUUUCUGACCUCUUGGGCGCUGUCAGCGGAGGCGUCUUGCUUUAGAAGUGCUGUUGGUUGGGCUCGGACCUUCAAUUUUCAAAAAAGCUCAAAUCGUUCUCAUGGUUUUCAAUCUCUAAGGAUCGGCCCCAAGGUAACAAGGGGUGGUGCAGAUUCGGAUUUGAUUCUCUCUCCUCUUCCUGCUUUGAUACUUCAAUUGGCUGAGGAGGAGGGUCAGGCUGCUGUGCUGGUGGGGUGUUAA